GGAACGUACACACUCAAAUGCCGGAGCUGAGGAAGAAGACGGGGGAAGAGAACUAUUCCUUUCUGGUUUAGAUCCCGCGCGCGCUCUGAAUUGGCCCUAUCGUAGAUCGGAGCUCGAGCAAUGGAGGCUUCGCAGGGCGGAUCCGAGAGGGACAAAUCGGGCCAGUCGGCGUCCCCGAUCACCGUCGUCUCCAAUUUCUGGAGAGAUUUUGAUUUAGAGAAGGAGAAGAGUAUUUUGGAUGAGCAAGGGCUCAGGAUAGCUGAAAAUCAAGAGAACAGUCAGAAGAACCGUCGCAAACUUGCGGAAAGCACCAGAGAUUUCAAGAAAGCCUCAGCUGAGGAAAAGUUGAGUCUGUUUAAUUCCUUACUUAAGGGUUACCAAGAAGAAGUUGACAAUCUAACCAAGAGAGCAAAAUUUGGAGAGAACGCUUUUCUUAACAUCUACCAGAAGCUUUAUGAGGCUCCCGAUCCUUAUCAAGCACUUGCCUCGGUUGCUGAACAAGAUCAAAAAUUGUCCGAAUUGGAAUCAGAGAACCGGAAGAUGAAAGUUGAACUUGAAGAAUUUAGGACUGAAGCGGCCCAUCUGAAGAAUCAACAGGCAACAAUUAGAAGGCUUGAAGAACGCAAUCGACAGUUAGAGCUUCAGAUGGAGGAGAAAGUGAAAGAAAUUGUGGAGAUCAACAAACGCAGUUUGGCAGAGGAGAACCAGAAAACUCUCGAGGUCUUAAAAGAAAGGGAGCAAUUAUUGCAAGAUCAAUUGAGACAGGCUAAAGAAAGUGUUUCCACUAUGCAGAAAUUGCAUGAACUUGCACAGAGCCAAUUAUUUGAAAUUCGCGCUCAAUCAGAGGAAGAUAGGGCUGCUAAGCAGUCAGAAGUCAGUCUUUUGAUGGAUGAAGUGGAAAGAGCCCAAACACGGCUUCUGACUCUUGAGAGGGAAAAGGAACUUCUACGUUCCCAAGUACAGUCAGCAGAUGAAGAGACUGGAGCCAAGAGAAGCGAGAAUUUGGAUUCAACUAGCAUUCUUGAGAAUUCUUUGAGUGCCAAAGAAAAGAUGGUAUCUGAGUUGAACAUGGAACUUCACAAUGUUGAGACCCAACUGUCAAAUGAGAGGGAACAACACAUUAAUGAGAUCAAGAAGUUAAAUGCAAUCAUAAAUGAUAAGGAACAUGCACUCGAGGAUAUGAAGAAAGAGCUACAAGCAAGACCAACGGCAAAGUUGGUUGAUGACUUGCAUAAAAAAGUGAAGAUUUUACAGGCAGUGGGUUACAACUCGAUUGAGGCUGAAGAUUGGGAAGUAGCUACGACUGGAGAAGAGAUGAGCAAAAUGGAGUCCCUUCUUCUUGAUAAGAACAGGAAGAUGGAACAUGAACUUACUCAAUUGAAGGUCAAACUUUCCGAGAAAAUAUCUCUACUAGAAGCAGCUGAAGGAAAGGUGGCUGAGCUAACAGAGGAGGUUAACGAGCAACAAAAACUAAUCCAAAAGUUGGAAGAUGAUAUACUUAAGGGUUACAGUUCCAAAGAGCGUAAAGGUUCUCUGUUUGAUGAGUGGGACCUUUCAGAGGCUGGGGCUGCUGACCAUUCUGAGAAUGCAGAACAAAAGCGUGUUUCCCCUGAUCAAGAUCAAAGCUCAAUGCUUAACGUUAUAAUCAACCAACGAGAUCGAUUCAGAGCACGCUUGCGAGACACAGAAGAGGAAGUUAGACGGUUGAAAGAGAAGAUCGGAGUGCUGACGGUAGAACUGGAAAAGACAAAAGCAGAUAACGUCAAACUCUACGGGAAGAUCAGAUACGUUCAGGACUACAAUAGCGAGAAAGUAGUAUCGAGAGGAUCAAAGAAAUAUGCAGAAGAUAUCGAAAGUGGCUUUACCUCGGAUGUCGAGUCCAAGUACAAGAAGAUAUACGAGGAUGACAUAAAUCCUUUUGCAGCGUUCUCAAAAAAGGAAAGGGACCAAAGAUACAAGGAGUUGGGCUUCAGGGAUAGAAUUACUCUUAGCAGCGGACGCUUUCUCCUCGGAAACAAGUAUGCUCGAACUUUCGCGUUCUUUUACACUAUCGGGUUGCACGUGCUGGUCUUCUCCUGCCUCUACCGAAUGUCAGCUUUGAGCUAUCUCAGCAAUGGCCCGGAUGAAACCCUAACCGGAGACAAGAUUCUGAACCUGCCCCAUGCCCUCUAGGCGCCACAUCUUAUUCAGGCUUUCACUGGUCUUGUUUCUUUCCGGAAGCGACAUCAACCUUGCGACAUAACAGAGAAAUACUUAAAUACGAUGUAUAUGUAUAUAUACUGAAUAUUGUCAUUAUUUUCUCCCUGUGGGCUCAUAGUAAGUAUUCCUUGGUUCCUUUUCA